AUGUCUAAAGGGAAGGCCACUGAUUUGCAGACUACUGAAUGCACACGUCAAACAGAAGGACGUAAAAUUGCAAUCAAUUUUGGUGACCAUGAUGAGAAGGAAGACAAUUAUUUGCUUGAUGAGAAGGGAGAUAAUUAUUUUAUUGAUUAUACGAGAGAUAAUUACUUGUUUAAGGAGGAAGAUGAUGAUGAUGAUGAAGAUUAUUAUUUUCUUGAUGAUGAGAAGGGAGAUAAUUAUUCGGGGGAGGACCGGAUUAGCGAGCUGCCCGACGAAAUUCUAAUUGCCAUUGUUUCCCUCUUGGACACUUGGGAAGGAGGAAGAACUUGCGGUUCAACCUUAGAGAGAUUGAGGAUUAGCUAUUGCGAUUUAGAUAGCGAAUGCUGUCGUUCUGAUGUCGAUAAUUCGAUCGAAAGUGCAAUAUUGCAGAAGAGAGUUCAAAGGCUUGAGAUAGAUGAUGUUCGUUUUUCUAACGACCCUUAUAUCUUUCCAGAGAGGCCAUUCAAAACCCCUUUUGGUGUUUCCUGCAUCAAGUCCCUUACACAACUCAGCUUCAACAACACAAACAUACAUUCUCGAAUUGUUGGCCACUUUCUAUCUCACUGUCCACUUCUUGAGCACCUGUGUAUUCGUCGCUCCUCUGAAAUAUAUGUUUUGAAAGUCGUCGGUCCCUCUCUCCGGUUGAAGUUUCUGCAGAUAAGCGACUGCCCUAGCUUAGUUAAAAUCGAGAUCUUUGCUCCUAAUCUCUUGUCGUUUAUCUACUACGGAAGAGGUCCAUACAGAACAGGAAUUGUUAUGAAGCAUGCACCCUCACUUGUCAUGCUAUCUCUUGCAGAACCUUGUGAUUGUAUAUCCAAAGCUUUUCGGUCGGUUUCAAGUUGUUUUUCUCGUCUGCAAACUCUCAGCCUGCGUAUUGGUCUCGGACAAAGGAGUAUUAUGCUCCCAGAGUCUCCACAAUUAUCUAGUCUCAAAAAGAUAUCUUUGGCGAUACAUAUGGGACAAAAUUCGAAAAUCCUCAUGGAUUUGACUUCCUUCAUAGAGCGAUCUCCUUUCUUGCAUAGAUUGGAAUUACGGUUAAAGUGGAGCGGUUUGUUUAGGUAUUGUACGAGCAGUGUGCAGAAGAUUAAGAAAUGUCCUCAUCCAUGCCUUAAGGUUGUGAAAAUUUCAGGCUUCAUUGGGUCUCGUAUGGAUACUAUGUUUGCCAUGUACUUAAUUGAGAACUCUCUUGUGCUCGAGAAGCUCAUCUUUGAUCUUCAAAAGACUUAUGAUUUUCUGAGUCGGAAACAAUACCUAAGUAGAAAGACAAUCAAGAAGAAAAUAGAGGCAACAAGAAAGCAUGCUUUGCAGAUUGGGAAGCAACUUCCACCAGGAGCCGAGUUAAUUGUCAUAUAA